UAGAAAAUGCCAAACAUUUUUCUUUCGUUAAUGAAGCAAAUAAAUUUCAAAGACUAUACAAAACUAAACAUAGAUAUUAGCUAAACUCAUCUCUUCUAUUAUAUUUAAAAAGGAAAUCUUCUGGCGAGAAAACCAACAAUUUCAUCCUCCACUUUACAAUUUCUAUUCUAUCUAUCCGAAGAAACAAAUAUUUUCCUCCUCAAAUUUUAUUUUUUUGAUAAAGAAAAGAGAAAAAAAUGUCCUCUCCAAAAGCAACAAUUCAUGACCCUUUCAAAGCCUGGAAAUUCUUGGUUUUCCCUAACAUCAACAAAGCCACUGAUUUCUGCUCUUUUAUAAUAAAAACAAUUAUGAUUAUUUGUACUAUUCUUUCAAUCUUUGUUUUCUUCUACUUUUCUUUCUCUUACCAAUUCCAAUGGCUUUCUUGUCCUGAAUUCGACCGAGUUUCCUUCUCCGGUCACCGAAAACUAACUAAAAACAGCAUGUCCGCUAAUAUUCAUCAAGAAACAAACGUAACCCAUAUCUUAUUCGGCAUUGGCGGCUCCGCAACGACAUGGGAGGAUCGCCGCCACUACAGUGAGCUAUGGUGGAGACCGAAUAUAACCCGAGGGUACGUCUGGCUCGAAGAGCCGCCACAAGAGACGUAUUCCUGGCCAGCAACCUCACCGCCAUAUAAAGUAUCAGAGAACACCUCGAGGUUCAAGUACACUUGCAGCUACGGCUCGCGUUCAGCUCUGCAUAUCGCGCGAAUUGUAAAAGAGAGCUUCGAGUUGGGACUGGAUAACGUGAGGUGGUUUGUCAUGGGAGAUGAUGAUACAGUGUUUUUUGUGGAGAAUUUAGUGAAAGUGUUAGCGAAAUAUGAUCAUAAUCAGAUGUAUUAUAUAGGCGGGAAUUCAGAGAGCGUUGAACAAGAUGUUAUACAUUCGUAUAAUAUGGGGUAUGGUGGCGGUGGUUUUGCUAUUAGUUAUAGUUUAGCUAAAGAACUUGUUAGGGUUUUAGAUGGUUGCAUCGAUCGGUAUCAUAAGUUUUAUGGCUCUGAUCAGAAAGUUCAAGCUUGUAUUGCUGAGAUUGGUGUCCCUUUAACCAAAGAACUUGGUUUCCACCAGCUUGAUAUAAGAGGAAACCCAUACGGUUUACUGGCAGCACACCCGCUGGCUCCACUAGUCUCACUCCAUCACCUAGACUAUGUGCACUCAAUAUUUCCAGGCAUGAACCGAGUUGACUCACUUCGCAAGCUAGUUAAACCAUAUCAAAUGGAUCCGGGUCGGAUGCUUCAACAUACAAUCUGUCACGAUUUGACCCGUAAUUGGUCGGUAUCAGUAUCUUGGGGCUAUACUAUCCAAUUAUAUCCAUCAAUAGUGACAGCAAAGCAGCUUGAGACAGCAUUUCAAACAUUUCAAACAUGGAGAAGCUGGAGCAAUGACCCGUUCACAUUCAACACCCGACCCAUGAGUAAGGAUCCAUGUGAAAGACCAGUUGUGUAUUUUUUGGAUGGAAUUGUAGAGAAUGUUGUUGGUCAAGGUCAAGGGUUGACUAGGUACAAGAGACACGUGGAAGAUGGAGAGACGAGUUGUGACCGACCCGAAUAUGGUGGAGUUGAAACCGUUCAAUUUAUCAACGUGACUACAACUUCAAGAUUGAAUUAUGACAUUUGGAAUUUGGCACCACGUAGACAAUGCUGUCAAAUAAUUCAUAGUGGAGAAAACAUAGAAGUCAAGAUAAGAGGGUGCAAUCCGUUUGAAAGUGUUACUCCUCCAUAAACCAUUUUACUUGUAAAUCGAUGACUUAUAAAUUUUGUAAUCAAUAAUGAUAUUAAUUUUUCCUUUUAUGUGUAACUUAAACUUAUCUAUAAGUUUUUAACAGUUCCAA